GGGACUAUAAGUUUGCACAAAAGCAACAAAAGCGAGCGUAUUCCUUAUUACAUUGUUUACAUCGUCUACAUCAUUCAUCAUUGAGAUCACAGUUGUGCAUAUUUUUUGAUGUGAUGUUACGUUUUAUUAUCUUCGUUAACGUUAGGAAUACAUGUGCUUGAGCGUGUCGGAACUCCUCUCUGCAAACAUAAUUGUUUUAUUUUUGUAUUACCAAGAGACUCGGUAGAGUCUCGGGACAAAUAUUUAUCUAUUCAGAAAAAUGCUGCAAGGGGGAUGGUCGACUGACAUAUCCAGAGAUGAGACAUCACCUAUGACUUUUCAUCUGCUGGAAGAUCCCCUCAAAUUGGAAAAAGAAGAUAAUGAAGAUGAUGAAGAUUUGGAAAAAUCAGACGAAAUCCCGGAGGAACCGCCGUCAAAGAGAAAACGUGUUUUAACGAUAUCUGACAAAAUAACUAUGCUUUAUAAACUUGAGAAUGGCACGUCACCCGCUGAAAUAUCUCGACAAUACGGUAUGUCAACUUCAGCGAUUAGCAGAAUGAGGAAAAAGAAAAUGGAUUAUUUAUCUAAAACGACGAAAGAGAUAAGCAUGCAACAAAAAAAUUUACGAAUUACACAAAACCGAGUUCUCGAGGACAUAACGUACGCGUGGCUCUGUCAAAAAAUUUAUUUGGGUGAGCCUGUGAACGGUCCGACUUUGUGCGAAAAAGCUCUUGUACUUAAUGAGAAAAUGAACGGACCCUCAACUUUUAAGGCAAGCAAUGGCUGGCUAUAUCGUUUUAAAAGGCGACACGGCAUUCGACAGUGGGCCUUCCAAAACGAAAAAGUUACUGUCGACGAUGUACAAUCGGAACAAUUUGUCAAGGACUUAAAAAAAUUUAUUGACUUCCACACAUACGAAAGUGUUAAUAUUUACAACGUCGAUGAGACUGGUUUGAAUUGGAAAUCAUUGCCAGAGAAAAAUAAAUCUUCAGAGAAACGAUCUUCCAAAUCUGAAGACAAAGAACGAAUAACUGUUGGAUUCUGUGCCAAUGCCACAGGCACUCACAGAGUGCCUGCACUUGUAAUUUCCAGCCAAGAAAAGUACACGUGUUCCAGUGACUUCACAUGUUUGCCUGUUGUUUAUAAGAGUCAGGCAAAAUCUCAAAUGGAUAGUGCUUUAUUCAUCGAUUGGUACACGAAUCAUUUCAUGCCUGUUGUGAGGUUGGAACAAGAAAAAACUGGGAACACAGGAAAAGUAUUGUUACUAUUGGACAAUGCGCCUUGUCAUUCGUCAGCCCCUCUACUCAAUUCGAUGGAUGAACAUUUUGCUGUUAUGUACUUACCACCGAAUGUAACUGUGGCAUUACAGCCGAUGAGCCAAGGAAUAAUAAGAUCGGUGAAGGAUCAUUAUCGAGAAGCACUAACAUCACGUUUGUUAAUAUCAAGCAGGGUCGUGGUCGAUGAAUUCAUUGAUAAUUUAACGAUUAAAGAUUGUUGCGAAAUGAUUGCUAGCUCAUGGCAAAGAGUUCCCGCUUCCAUGUUAUCGAAAACGUGGGAGUUACUUUUACCCGAUCUUUCAAUCACUCGCGACAAAGACUUGCCAUCGUCUUCUGGUCCUGCGCUACCGAAGGAGUUAGCCUCAAGGUUGAAUCAACUCAAGUAUUUUUGUGUAACUGAGGCUGACAUCGAAGCCUGGUUGUGCGAGGACAGUGACGAUCACGGUUGGGCGCCAUUGACUGAUGAACAAUUAAUAGAUGAAGCGAUUGGAGCCGAAACCUUCCACGUUAAUAUAAACAUCAAGUGUGAACCAGAAGAAGAAGUUAUACAAGAAGAAAAAUGUUACAGCGCUCAGGAUGCACUGAGCGCGAUCAACAUAGUUUAUAAGUGGUACGAAAAACAAUCGAAAUGCAUCCUCGAUGAUCUCAUGAUUUUAAACAAAAUCAGAAAUACUGCAAUGGAAACGGCUUUUAAAAAAAAAUAGUACUCGUGUGAAAUUCGUAUACAGAAAAUACAAAACGCGGCAAAAAAUCGCGUUGAUUUACGGUUGUGCAAGGCGAGACCGACGAAGCUUUAAUUACAAUUAUUUGUAUUUAUUUAUUAUUAUGCAAUUGUUACUUUAAGACGUAUUCAACGGUAAUUUAUCACGAAGCUGUUGAUCUUUAAAAAAAAAACAUUUUCCUUCACGAAAUUUCAAACUUCCUUCAAUGUCAGGAACAACAAAAUAUUUCAAGCGUAUUAACUUCAAUAAAUAUAUAAAUUUUUAUUCUCACUUUUUGGAUGAAAAACAUUUAUCGAACCUGAUUUCAUUUUGAUAAAUAUAUAAACUUUAGUCUCACUAUUGGGAUUUAAAUCAUGUACAUAUUUAUAACUUUGGAUUUUGAACUGGAUACACAUUCAAAUGACUGAACCAACGGAGAAGAUCAAUAAAUAGACGGCUCUAAACCCAAACAAACGUUUCCAAAUAACGAUUGAAAUUCGUUACGCCAUUUCUCCGAUUCAGCCCGAUUAUCGAUCAAAUGUUCAACGUUUCCAUUUCGUACGUGUACAUUUUUCAUACGUGAAAUUAAUAAAAAAUUAUAGGAAUA